AUGAGCACUACACGUUCACUUUAUCCGAGGUAUCAGCCAAAUUCAAACAAUAAUUUUAUACAAAAUCGAUCAUCAUUGAUAUUAAACGAAAAUUUUGGUAUUUUACCAACAUCAAUGUCUUUACUUUCAUCAUUACUCGAUACCUCAUGUAUGAUCUUAAACGGUAAACCAUUUCCAUUCACUACACAAUUUCCUAUUUUAAAUGAUGCAAAUAUUAAUCCAACAACAACAACAACAUUUAAAGUUUUAUCGGAAUUAACAACAAUUAAGGAUCCAAUCAAAUCACCAUUUCAAAAUAUUACAACAACAACAACAACGACAACUGCAUUUGAUAAUUUUUCACCUCUUAUUCUACCAACAACAACAACAACAACAGCAACAACAACGGAACGAAUAAAUUCGAUAUUUAAUCAUGAUGCUAAUGGUAUUGGCUUCGAAACAUUACAAGCAGCCAGCACUAUUAUAGAUAAUCUAAAAUGUAACAACAACAACAAUCGUCAAAUAUUCGCAUCCGAACGCCUUUGUAGUUCAACGCAAAACGAAGAGGAGAUUUCAAUAAAUUCGGAAAGUCGAAAAUCAUUUUCAGAUUUUUCAAUUAAUCGACUACUUAAAAAUCAAAAUCAAACUAAACGUUCUUCUAUUCCUUCUUCUGUUGAUCGUCGACAAUUUAUGUUUAAAACACAAGAAGAACGCAAUAUUCAUGGACGAAAACAACGAACUAUCUAUGGUACUUCACAAACUCGUGUUCUUGAGAAAGCCUUCGAAGAGCAACAAUAUAUGGUAGGAACAGAACGUGAAUUACUCGCCGAACGUCUCGGAUUAACUGAAGCUCAAGUACGAGUUUGGUUUCAAAAUCGUCGAAGCAAAUGGCGUAAACAAAUCAGAUCAAAUGCAUAA